CGUAUUUCGAGUCUGAUGGUCAAGGCCAUCCGGGGUUAUUGGUAUUUAGUUAGACUAUUUGAAAUUGACAGAAAAUAUAUCUUUAGGCAAACAGUCAAGGUCCACGCUGUUCAAUCGUUUUGUGUCGGCAGACUUACAUUCUCAACGUUAAAGGAUGUUCCCCAAAGGCAUACAAUUCGCUAAUAAACCUUGGAAGUGUGCAGUUGAACUACUUCAUCAGGUAUCUCGUGUUCUAAUAUAUGUGUAUUAAGAAAUUACAAAGAUACUUAAUCACCACCCCACUAUCAUUUCUUUAAGUGGUGUUCAUGAUAUACCGAGUCUGACAAAGUUAUGGGAAGGUUUUAUCACGGAUGUGAAACCUAGAAUGGUACAACCGUCGACCGCGUACAAAUUGAUGCGGGAAUUUUUAGAUACAAAUUUUGUCGAGGCAAACAUUGACUUUCAUACCUGUUUAUCCUCCCUCUUAUCAGCAAAUUUAUUCAUACGAUAUAAUGAAUUGGACACGUAUACUCUGGGAUUAUUAAUUUCGACUAUCAAGGAAAAGUGUGAUCAUUUUGUAGCUCGACGGCUUUUCUCGCAUUUCUAUGAACCUAUCCUAUCUUUGAAGUUAAAUAUUUCAGAGGACGGCACAUAUUCGAUUUCUCAAAUGGAACUUAUUAAUCGACUUGAACAGUUAACUAACUAUUGGGUAACAUAUUUAUCUAGCGAAUUUCCCUGUAAUAUAUCCAAAUUCGAUCCAGCUCACUUUUUAUUCGAUUGGAUUAGAUUGGCAUAUUGUUUAACUGUUAGUGGCAUAGUUCAUAAGAGGAUGAAUUACUUCAAUGUUGGCGUGCAGUUUUUAGUUGUAAUAAAAUCAAAGAAUGUGCAACAAUAUGACAGUUUUAUAAAAUAUCUUAUUGACGAAUUAUGGAAUUCAUUGGCAAGUUUAUAUCUCCGAGCAACAGAUCUUUCCUCAAAAUCACCUUUAUCUGGUAGUGAGGAUUCGUCCAAUUCUGCAAACAUUAGCUCUUAUAUUCAGGGUUCUGCAGAUCAAGAUCUCGUUGACGCUUAUUAUCAGGAAUUCGGCAUACUUUUAAAACUCUCUCGUUUAACUUCUAAUUUAAAUUGUUCAACCAAACUUGUGAUCGGCGAUCAAACUCUUGAUAAGCUGACUUGUCUCAUUUUUGACCGUCUAGCAACUCUUUGUUUUUAUCAAAGUGAUAUCACUGUGUACAACCAUCCAUUCGUCUACCAUGCUUUAUUCAGCGAAGAACAAUCAGUAUCUGUAAAUAAUUGGUCCGAGUUUUUGUUGAAGCCUUUGGCAAAUUUUACAUAAAGAUCACUACUUUUCUUUCUUGUUUUAUUAAUUGUAUAUAUAUUUGAAGUGAUACUAAUUUGUUAAA